GCAAGUCGGCUCAUCGAGGAGUAAGCACUCCUGUACAAAUAGAAUAAGGAAAUAUGUAUUCAAGCUGGGCACUGUUGUUAUCGGCCAUGGUGGCGCUAGCCUCGUGCGGUCGUCUUGAACCCCAGUAUUUACCACCAAGACCUGGUGGUUUUGGGGGUGGAUCUGGAGGUAGCGGUGGUGGUGGCGGUGGUAAUUCAGGCCUAGGUGGUGGAUUCGGCGGCGGGAGCGGAGGUGGCGGAUUCGGUGGUAAUGGCGGCUUAGGCGGCUUGGGCGGAGGAUCAGCUGGCUUUGGAGGAAACAGCGGAGGCGGAAACUUUGGCGGAACUGGAAGCGGAGCUAACAUUCCCAUACUGAAGUAUGAAAACGAAAACAAUGGUGACGGAACUUACCGCUUCAGCUACGAAACCGGCAAUGGAAUCCAAGCUCAGGAGAGUGGUGCUCCCCGUGCCCAGGGUCCUGAGGGUCCAGCAGUGACAGCAGAAGGUGGCUUCUCAUACCGCACCCCUGAAGGAGAACAGAUCUCCCUGACGUACACCGCUGAUGAGAACGGCUUCCAUCCAGUUGGAGCUCAUCUUCCAACACCUCCACCAAUCCCAGAUGCAAUCCUUCAAUCCAUCGAGUUCAACAAACGUAAUCCAUCAUCCGAGGGUGCUUAUAAUGGCGGAUCUGGAAGCGGAAGCGGAAGCGGAUUUGGGAAAGGCAGCGGAUCUGGUUUCGGUGGUGCCAGUGGCGGCGGUAGUGGUUUUGGUUCCGGCAGCGGAACCGGCGGUGGUUUUGGAGGUGGAGCGGGCGGUGCAGGUGGCUUCAAAGGCGCAGGAGGGUUUGGCGGCAGUGGUAGCGGUAAUGGCGGCUCUGGAAGCGGCAGUUUUGGAGGUGCCGGUACUGGGACUGGCGGCACCGGUGGAGGUUAUCACUACUGAGGCCCGUGUCACGAUUUCAAUUCCACCAAUGUAUGGUAAUGGCAAGUUUGGCUGUAAUAGUGUUGUUUCAACAAUUUUUACACUAUCUUUAAGUACACUAUUGCUGUUCCGCUAUCAGACUGCGAAUGAUAAUAUGUCAUGUCGUCAUUCCUUGUAUUAAAAAAUAUUUUAGAGCACUGAAUGUCGUGAAUGUUCUCGAAAUGAGUUUAUGAAAGUGAUAUGUGAUUGUCUAACCUAUUGUUUGUAUGAUAUUAAUAUUUUUCCCAUUGAAAUGUGCGAUUUUGUUCUUCUCUUCAUAAUUUCGUUAGUUUUAGCUUAGUGCUUAUAUUCAUUGAUAUACUGUGAUACGAACGCGCGCCUAUUUGGUUUUAAGUUAUAUUUUUUUGUAAA